AUGGCAUCAAAAACUACAUUUCCCAAAACUUGCCAUCCGAAAGUCGCUCCUAUUGGCUGGCUGCUCCAGCCGCAGCCCCAGAGAAUGAAUGAAAUUGAAAUUGCUGGUAUAUUACAUGUACAAUACCGGGGACUGCAGUCUUACAUUGUAUCAGUCUAUAUCAAAAUGGCCACAGCGGUCCAAAAUCCUCUGAAAUCGCAAUCAAGUGGAACCGUCAUAAAGAACAGCCUAGGUGAGGAGUUCUACCGCGAGGCCAUAGAGCACUGCCGCAGUUACAAUGCUCGACUUUGCGCUGAACGCUCCAUGCGUCUGCCAUUCCUUGACUCCCAAACAGGCGUAGCACAGAGUAACUGUUACAUAUGGAUGGAGAAGACCCACCGUGGGCCAGGUGUGGCUCCAGGGCAGCUUUAUACUUAUCCUGCACGUUGUUGGAGAAAGAAGAGACGGUUAAACAUCUUAGAGGAUCCACGUCUUGGACCAAUCGAGUUUAAGAUUGACUAUGAGGCAGCCCUAAAGAAGGAAGGGGGUGUUCCUGAGGGUCCCGUUUUGGAGUCUCUUCUCAGUGGUGAACUGCUUGAUAAGAAGGUUGAGACAAAGGAAGAGGAACCCAUGAGCGAGUGCCAGAAGCUGUUGGUGGGUGAUUUUCCUCAUGAGCUGGAUGUGGAGGAGAUAGAGGAGGACGUUCCCAAACGCAAGAACCGCACCAAAGGACGGGCAUGUGGUGUUGGAGGGAUGAGGAAGAGACAGGAACCAGCAUCCCUAGAGGACAGAGACAAGCCAUAUGUGUGUGACAUUUGUGGGAAGCGCUACAAGAACCGCCCAGGUUUGAGUUACCACUACACUCACACACACCUGGCAGACGAAGAGGGCGAGGAAGACUCCGAACGGCACACACUGCCCUUUCAGCGCAAGAACAACCACAAACCCAAAAAAGCAGCUGAUGGGUCCGUCAUCCCCAACGGCUACUGUGACUUCUGUCUAGGAGGCUCUAAGAAAACCGGUUGUCCGGAAGAUCUCAUUUCCUGUGCGGACUGCGGCCGAUCAGGGCAUCCGUCGUGCCUGCAGUUCACCGUCAACAUGACGGCAGCAGUGCGGACCUACCGCUGGCAGUGCAUCGAGUGCAAAUCGUGCAGUUUGUGUGGUACAUCAGAGAAUGAUGAUCAGCUUUUAUUUUGUGACGAUUGUGACAGAGGAUAUCAUAUGUAUUGUCUAAGUCCCCCCAUGGCGGAGCCUCCGGAGGGAAGCUGGAGUUGCCAUCUGUGUCUGCGCCAGCUAAAGGAAAAAGCGUCCGCCUACAUCACACUAACCUAAUCUCUGUGCCCUACUUCACCCUACCAGUCUCAUCCUUCUCUAUCCCAUCAUCACGGAUCCAAAGAGACUCCCCAACAUCAACCAGAAAAGAACAUUUUUUUUCAUCUGCCCACUGCCAGGUGUGGUUCAACCUGGAACCCCUUGUCAGUCCCUCCAAAGAGCUCUUUCCUGUAUGGACCUGAGGGUAUUUCUUCUUGCCUAACAAUUUCAACUGUGGUUAGACAAGUUGUGCCAAAUGGUUUGUUGCUGAGGAGACAUUUUGCACGGGGGCACUUCAGUGGGAGGAGUCUCUAUGACAUCAUUAUACUGUAUGACGCACCAACUGCAAGUGAGAUGAUUGCCACAUGAUCUCACCACAGUUUUUGAUUUGUUUAGCUAUGAUGAGAAAAAGUGGUAUCAACGUGCCAUUGAUUUUUUGUGAUAUUCUUCGGGAGCAGACACCAGCAUGUAAUGUGAUCAUGUUUAGUCACUGAAUUUGCCCUUAUUCUUGCUAUUAGACUAAUGUUGAAAGGAUGAAUUCUUCAAUGGUUAAUAACCCUUAAGGGUAUAACUUUUAGUUACCCUUACAAAAAUAAAGUGUUGCGACAAACUUUACAUCAAAUUAACUACAGUUUUGCAACCUGGUGUCAUUGAAUCACGUUAUUAUACCUACAUUUUUUUUAAAUUAUUUUUACGUGCCUUGUAAAUCUCCUGGCACUUUCCUGGUGAAAUGAACACUAGAGGGGCUAAAACAACAAUGACUUGUAUUUCUAUUAACACAAAUCAUGAGAAAAAUAUCAGAUUAUCUGUUCAUAAACAGUUACUUAUUGCUCUGUUCCUCACACAUUGUUAUCUUAUGACAUCAAAACACUUUUACUAUAGGGCAUGACUUGUAAGUUUUACAUUUGUAUUACAUAACCAACUACAUUUACAAGCUUGUUCAAAUGUGAUCAAAUUGCGCUGUAGCUCAACUAUGGUUGCACUGAGACCAAUCAAUCAGUGGCCGUUUUCAAACCGAGAUGGGGCGUUUUUCAACCACGUUACAUGAUUUGCCUGCUUCAUUGGAUAGUUGAGAAAUACCCAUCCUAGUUUGGAAACGCCCAAUGAUUACUACACUGAGAUUCCAUACUUUCAUUGGAUAGUUGAGAAAUGCCCAUCCUAGUUUGGAAAUGCCCAAUGAUUACUACACUGAGAUUCCCUACUUUCAUUGGAUAGUUGAGAAAUGCCCAUCCUAGUUUGGAAAUGCUCAAUGAUUACUACAUUGAGAUUCCCUACUUUCACUGGAUAGUUGAGAAACGCACAUCCUAGUUUGGAAACGCCCAGUGAUUACUACACUGAGAUUCCCUACUUUCACUGGAUAGUUGAGGAACUCCCAUCCUAAUUUGGAAACACCCAAUGAUUACUACACUGAGAUUCCAUACUUUCAUUGGAUAGUUGAGAAAUACCCAUCCUAGUUUGGAAAUGCCCAAUGAUUACUACACUGAGAUUCCCUACUUUCAUUGGAUAGUUGAGAAAUGCCCAUCCUAGUUUGGAAAUGCUCAAUAAUUACUACAUUGAGAUUCCCUACUUCCACUGGAUAGUUGAGAAACGCACAUCCUAGUUUGGAAACGCCCAAUGAUUACUACAUUGAGAUUCCCUACUUUCACUGGAUAGUUGAGAAACUCCCAUCCUAAUUUGGAAACACCCAAUGAUUACUACACUGAGAUUUCAUACUUUCAUUGGAGAGUUGAGAAACGCCCAUCCUAGUUUGGAAACGCCCAAUGAUUACUACACUGAAAAUGCCUACUUUCAUUGGAUAGUUGAGAAACGCCCAUCCUAGUUUGGAAAUGUCCAAUGAUUACUACAUUGAGAUUCUGUACUUUCAUUGGAUAGUUGAAAAACGCCCAUCCCGAUUUGAAAACAGCCACAGAUUGGGAAAUGCCCAUUAUUGUUCUGCAGAGACCUAUACUUCAUUGCACUUGCGAUGCAAAGGACGGGGGGUACGAAUCCAGAAGAGCAUGCAAGUCGACAAGUGAGCCAAAAGUGCCAUAGAAACACCACAAAAUAACGUGAUUACUUCAGCAAUUGCAUUUUUCAUGUCACACUGGCUUUUUCUGACACUAUCAGUUAGGUUUAGAGUAGAUUUUGUUGAUGUAAAACUCUAUAGAGCAAUACUCUUAAAACCAUCAUCUUUUUGGGAGAAAAUUUUACUCCCUUUUAGCGCCACACAGUGGACAUUUUACCUCGGAACUGCAGCGAUACAUGCAAGGAACCACGUAAAAUCAUUUUGCAUAAAUGUCGCCAAAGAUACAUAAUUUUCAUGAUAUCAGACUGACAAUUUUACAGGUUGAUCUAAAUUGAAAGACAAUGACUUUUGACUAAGGGAAGUCUUAUUGCUGCAACAUAUUGCUGUUUUCAUGCAUAGAUAUUCCUUUAUUAAGAAGGUUUGAAGUGCAUGCCAUGCCUAUCAUCCAGAGUCAAACUUGCUCCUAAAAAUAAUUGAAAAGAAAGAAAAGUAGAUUUAAAAAAUCUGCUGGUUUCUUCUGUAAUUCCAACACACUCUCCACAACCUCUUCCUAUUUAUUCAGAAAAGCCAACAUAAAAUUCCCUCUCAGUCAGGGUGCGUUUGUAAGAGUGUAUAUUUAUUGGGCAAUGUCUGUCCUUGUUUUAAAAACAGGGCGUUAAAUGUUCAAUUACUCUCUUUUUUUAUGAUGACUUGCUUGCAUGUUGUAAUAGUAUCGUUUUUAAAGAAAUAAUUUAAGGACAAAAAAUCGAAGAAAGCACACUUAAUCUGCAAUAACAUUUUGUGUCUGUGACCCUCUCUGGGGAAGUUGCGUCUGUAUGUACUGUAUGUGCGCUUUAAAGCUCUUGUGGAUCUUUGAAACAACAGACUGUAGUAGAUGGAGUGUUACAAGGGGGAGGAGUUCGUGAAAUUUUUCUGAUGUUUCUGAUGAUGCCACUGUAAUUCUCAAGUUUUGAUUUCCUGGACAAACUGAAGACCAGCUUGGAGACUGCUUUUCCUGGUCUCUUUGGAGGGGCAUUUUUCCUUUUUUGUGACAAGAAAAUUGUGCGCCUCUUUUGUAGAAUGAGCUAUCUGUAAGUCUGCUUUGUGUUCAGAGACUUGCUACUGCAGCCUGCUUAAAAGAAGAAAAAAUGUCAAACUAAAUCCAGAGAAGUGUUUUGGGGAUGGCAGCAUGUGUCUGUGAGAGAUUGUGCUGAGGUGACUGUUUUGAACUCAAAGUUCCCUCUUAUCCAUGGCCUAACGGAAAAGACUGCCUGCCAUUUUCUCUACUCCGAGUCCUUGAGCUUUAAGUUGCGAGACAUUUGCUGUAAAUAGAUAAUUGCGUUGUCUUUUCAGAAUCAGUCCAUGUUAUAGACUCAAGUGAAAUGUUCCGUGUGCAUUAAUGCAUCAAAAUGUGAAAACAGCCUUUUCUACGCAGUUAAGUGAAAUAUUAAUCCAUGUUAUUGGGUUAUUUCUAUUUUUGUAUAAUUUUGAAAUUUAUGGUUUUAACAAGCACUACACCAUUGUUAACUAUGAUGCCAGAUAUGUAAAUUAGGCAAUAUUUUAAAUUCUUUUUAAAAGAAUUGUAGAAGUGUUUCGUCUUCAGUAGAAAUAGUCUUGAUUUCACAUUUUGAUUUAUUGGUUUUACUGUUAAGCCAACUAGAGUUGUUUUCACAGAUCUCUUUGUUGUACUCACAACUAUUUUGCACAGUUUGUGUGAUUGUUUGGAUGAGGGCACUCUUAGAGCAUUUUGAUAAUGAAAUUUAAGCAAUUACAUCAGAGAUGAAAUUGUAGACACUUUUUGCAUGUGCUGAUGUCGACACACAAUAAUUAUACAUGGAAUGUGUUGAUUCUGUUCCUCUCAGCUAAACCACAAACAGAGAAAGUUAAAGUGUGUAUUUUUUAUGUUAAAAUACUUCCUCCUAUUCCCAUUUAUUGUGCAGAAAGAACUACAAGUAAGCCAUUUGUACGUUGACUUUCCAAAGCCAAAGCACUGUGGCUCUGGCCAACCUGGUCUCAUAAAAUCGUUACUAGACCUUUUUUGCAUAAUGUUUUUUUACGUGGCUUGUUAUACAGUACGAACUGUAUCGUGCUACUUUCCUGGUGAAAUGAACACUAGAGGCGCUACAACAAUAAUGACUUUUAUUCCCUUUCACAAGAACAAUGGAAGAAUAUAAUUUCACAGCCCUUUUUAAGAGGGGAUAUGUCUGCCUUGGUGAGAUUUUUGGUUAGAAACUAACCUUCAUGUUCUGUAGUAUUUUCUAGAACUUCAAACGAUUGUCAUGCUGUUUUCCAUGUCCCCCCCCAGUUUGUGAGAUGGACUGAAAUUGGUGUGUAUGAAAGUUAAGUGUUAUAGUCCACUGGCCUUUAUUGACAAGUGGUAGAGUCAUAAACGAUGUGAUUGUAUUCUUAGUAAUGUGAGAAUAUGGAUGACGUUAUGGGUGAAGAGGAAGCAUGGGUACACAAACAUGUAGUGCAGUGUCAGAAAUUUCACAUUCAUGGAAUUUUGAAAUGGUUAUCAUCUGUAUUUCCAUUUCAGGUAGGACCACUUUAGAGUCCCUCGUCCAGCCUCAGCUGAGAUCUGUGCUCUCUUUGUCCUUCUAUCGGUCUCUCUCUUUGUCUCACUGAUUUCGCAGGGUCUUCUCUACCUUUAUAUUGUUGUGCUGUGAUUUGUGCUUGCAGUUUUUUCCUUUUUUAUUUUCCCCACUAACACACAAAAAGAUACUCUAGUGUGAGAGGAUGCGUGAUUGUUUUCCUUUCUUGUAACUGUCCAUUGAAAAAUAAAACCGAUUUAUGGAGAAAAGAAGAGUGUUCUGACUCAGGACUGAGUUGUACAGUUGUUUUCUUUGAACUUGAAAUGGGUGCUUUUACAUGGAACUGAGCGGCCGUGAGGGCUGCUGCUCAGUGAUCCAUUUUAAAGAAUGUCCUUUGUUUUAUUUCUGUCCAUUUUGACAAGCAGGAAAUAAAAAAUUA